AUGAAUGAUACCAUGAAGAUUGAAGUACUAUCAAAAGAGUCCAUUAAACCCUCAUCUCCGACUCCCGAUAACGUCAAAACUCACAGUUUAUCCAAUUUAGAUCAGAUUUUUCCUCCAUUGUAUGUUGAUCACCUCCUUUACUAUCCAAACUUGGAGAGUAAUGGCAGCAGCCUUGGCGAUGGUGAGCACGGUAGGAACAUGAUCAUCUCAGCAUCAUCUCGUCGUCGCUGUGAUGUUCUCAAGCAAUCCUUAGCUGAGACAUUAACCAGAUACUAUCCAUUGGCUGGAAGAAUAAAAGAUGAGAAAUCUGUUGAGUGUAAUGACGAGGGUGUGGACUAUAUCGAGGCCAGAGUGGUAGGUAAAGAAGUCUCUCAAGUUAUGCAACUCGCCAGUUCCGAUAUUGAGGUUAUGGAACCAUUCCUACCUCAUGAGCCUUACGGAGGGACUGGGUCGUUUAGGCGAGCGGGAUUGCAUUCGAACUCCAAAGCUCUCUUAAAAAUCCAAGUCAAUGUCUUCGGUUGUGGUGGAAUGGUUAUCUGUCUCGCCUACUCACACAAGAUAGUUGAUGCGUCUUCGUUCGCUAGUUUUGUGAAGGAUUGGACAGAAACAGCUCGUGUUGCAGCGGUUGAUAAGCCUUGUUACAUAAUUUCAUCCAUCUUCCCACCAGCAAGUUUCAGUGAUCAAGAAGAAAAAGAACCUGCAGAAGUCCAAAUCGUACCAGAUAGAAUUGAUAUACUUACCAAAAGAUUUGUGUUCAAGGAUUCAAGUAUAGCUAAACUUAAGAAAAAGUGCAUCAACGUAAACGCCAACAACGGAUCAGAUAAACAGAUCGAUAAGCAAGAACAUAACAUGCAGCAGCUGCCGACACGAUUUGAAGCGUUAACAUCCUUUAUAUGGAUGUGUUUCAUGGAUGUGGAUCUUCAGUCCAAAGCAAAACAGAUAGACGAUGCCGUCAGUUCUGUAAAUGUUGUUUCUGAUCCAAAUCAGGUGCAGUACGUAGCAUCAUUUGCAAUAAAUUUGAGGACUAGGAUGAUUCCACCAUUGCCAGACAAUAGUUUCGGGAAUAUGACUGAGGGUACUUUUGCAGAAGUAUCACGUAACCUAACAGGUAGCAAUCUUAAUAGCAACGGUUUUCAUGAUCAAAGACAAAACUAUCCAGAGUUGGUGUCCAAGAUCAAGGAUUCCAUAAAGUCGAUCGACAAUGAGCACGUGAAAGCCAUGAAAAGCAACUUUGCAAUCUCAUGUAACCAUAUGAAGAUGCAUCAGAUGUUGAAGGAAGAGGCAUUUAACGAUGAUAAUAAGACGUUUUUAAUGUUCAGCAGUUGGUGUAGGUUCCCCAUAUAUGAAGCAGACUUUGGUUGGGGAAAACCCAAUUGGGCUAGCAUAUCUAAACUACUUUAUAAAAACUGUGUUAUGUUUAUUGAUACAAGUUCAGGGGAUGGGAUAGAAGCCUGGGUAAGCUUGAAAGAGGAAGACAUGGUUGAAUUUGAACGUCACGAAGAACUCCUUGCAUUGGUUUCUUAA